AUGGCUGGUCCCAGAAUAGCCUGCAUCGGGGUGAUUGGGAAAGCUGAUAACCCCCUUCAUAUCGCCCUGUUCCCACCAUAUUCCGACUCAAUGAUUGAAUUUUCGUUCCUGCUCAAUUCGUGUCUUGAUAUUUUUGAGAUUCGUCGAAAACAAACCUCCAUUGAUCAGGAUCUUGGCCUUCUCCAUGCCAUUGACGAAAGGCUGGCUGCCUACGGCUGGCUUACAACCACAGGUGUGAAACUUUUGAUUAUUGUGGAUCUUUUUGGCCCCGAGGCUACCAGUGCAAGAUUGCCAGGUCCUGCAGUCAGUGGUCUUAGGGAUUCGGAUCUGAAGCCAGCAUUUCGGGCCUUACAGAGCGCAUAUAUCCAGCUUCUUCAGAAUCCAUUCUACUCUCCAGAUGACCAUGUCCCCACACCGGGGGUAACGGCCGGGCCAGCGUCCUCUUGCCAAUCAAUUUCGAAUUCAAGAUUCAUAGGGGAUGUUAAACGCAUAGGUGAAACCUGGGUGCCGGGGGGCGGACUGUAA